GAAGAAAAAUACAAGAUGGACAAAACGUUUAACCUCAGGCAUAACCGAAAGACCGUCUUCUACGGACUCAUUGUCGUUUGGCUCGUGUCGGUUAACCUAUGGCUUUACGGGUAUAAAUCGGUGGGAUUUGCCGCCUCCGAAGCUUCCAUCUACGACCACGAAUAUGGAACUCCCACCACCAUUCUGGCCCAACCACUGAGUGUUAAUGUGGACGUAUUUCAUGAUACCACCAUUAAAAACAUGGCCCAAGCCGUGGGCAUCAAAGAUACCCGGUCCAUCGAUGCUCAUUCAAGUGUCUACGACCUGUUGUUGGCUAAACAUCAGUUAUCGGACAUAUUGACCAACCUAGAUUUCACCGAGCGGUGUGACUUAUACUUCAAGAACCUCUUUGGCCAGAACCGUAACUGGUUUGUGAACCCUAGCGAGGACCUCCCACUCGAUCACCGGCACGAGUUUGACUAUGAACUGUUCAAACACAACGUCUAUGAUGGCAUGAAGGAAAAAUACGCUGAGGGGUCACACAAGAAGGUCGACGAUGUUGACUACAACGACAAAAAGGUGGCCAAAGCGGUUGAACUGCUAGUGAAGGCGGAAUACAAGCAGUUCUGGGACAAAACCAUGGGAAUCGAACAGAAGAUGGUGGACUAUUUGUCCCACUUGCGUAUUUUCAACAAGUGCUACAUCACCAAUGACAAUAAGUAUAUCAUGGACAAGGCCAACAAAUUGCUCACCAAAGAGGCCACGAAGAUUGACCACUCCAAGUUUCAGGCCGAUUCUGCCGAAAAGUUGAUCAACCACAAGAGUUUUGGCUCGUGUAGUGAGUUGGAAAGCAGAAUCUAUAAAUGGAUCUCGUUUUCGUAUCCGAUUUAUGAGAGAUGGACGGGUGAUAUCUUCUUGACACCUCCAAACAUGCGUGACUUUGUCAAGUAUCCCGAGGUAUUUAAGCCCACAACCCCCAAGUUCAAUGAGCUCACGGAUGAUGUUACUAAGUCCACGCUUACUGGAAAUAAACCCUGUUUCUUCAACAACUUCAAGAACAAGCUAAACGGGAAGGGGAUCGUAUUGUCGAUAAAAGACAGUCAUGUGGAUGAUACCGUCAAGCUUAUUCAUCUAUUGAGGGCGUUGAACAACCACUACCCCAUUCAAAUUGUGUUCUACGACUCUAUUAACGACGAGUCCAAAAUAAAAAUCGUCAACGCUGCCAGGAAGAAGAUGAUCGAUUUGCCCGCCAGCUUCAACAAAGUGGCCAAGAAUUUUCCUCCCGGCUAUUUCAACUUCCAGGAUGGAGGGUUACCCAAGCAAGAGGUUUGGUUUGUCAAUACGUAUAAUGCAAUUCACAACAACUACAAGGAUAAGUUCCGGGGGUUUGCCAAUAAGUUUCUAGCCACUUUGUUCAACUCGUUCGAGGAGGUUAUGUUGAUAGAUGCCGACACCGUGUUAGUGCAGAACCCAUCGUAUUAUUUCAAUUUGAAGAACUACGUAUCGAAGGGAGCAUACUUUUUUAAGGAUAGGACCGCUCCGGAGUUCAGACCUACUGGAGACACCAAGUUCUUUGAGAAAAUCACUCCUUCAAUACUAGACAACUUGAUGUUCGACAUCCCUAUAAUCUCCCAGAAGACACUUGGCUUGGAGUUCUUCCAAGGAAUGGGUCAUUUUAUGGAAAGUGGAUUGGUAUUGAUCAACAGAAAUUUGCACUUCAACUCAGUGUUGACCAUGGUCCAAUUGAACUUCUUUAACCCUGUCACUACUAGAGUAUAUGGGGACAAAGAAAUCUUUUGGUUGGGAUUCGCCACAACGGGUGACGAGGACUACCACUUUAACAAGUUUUUUGCAGCAUCGGUAGGAGCUCUUACACCACAGCAGGACCGAUUGAACGGCGACGGGACCGAGAAAAAAUCCCAGGAGGUCUGUUCGGCUCACCCAGGUCAUAUCAACGGAGAGGAUGGCAAGACAUUGAUCUGGUUUAACUCGGGUUUCAAGUUCUGUGGACAAAGUGACGUUGUAAAGUACGAAGAUGAAGUCAAGAAGCAAGAACAUUUGAAGUUCUUGAAAGAUGCUCAAAGUAUGAGAGAAUAUUAUGAAGGACCCAUAGUACUCAAAAAUGCCAUUAUUCCUCCCUUCAAAAACAAACUAGAAACUUGGGCCGAGAACAUUAUAGAAGAGCCAAGGCAGGGUUGGCAUAUGGAAAAGGGCUACUGUAACAGUUAUUUAUGGUGCGCAUAUUCUUCAAUUGGUGGUCUCACCAAUGAUGGAGGUGACACCACCCAAACGGGGCAAGUGUUUGAUUUUGAUAAGGAUUCGAUCGACUUGUUCAAAUACUAUGGCGAUGUUUGGGUGGGUAAUGAGUAACAUUUCCAGUCUUAAAGAAACUAUAUAGAUAAAUUAGCACAUCUUUUGCAUCCGUA